CUCCUCACACCUUCUCCUGCUCCUGCCGACAACCAGGCACCCUCCACACCACAACCAUGGCCUGCUACAACCGCUGCAGUCCCUGCGGACCCACCCCACUGGCCAACAGCUGCAACGAGCCCUGUGCCCUGCAAUGCCAGGAUUCCCGCGUCAUCAUCGACCCUGCCCCUGUGCUGGUCACCCUGCCAGGACCCAUCAUGACCUCCUUCCCCCAGAACACCGCCGUCGGAUCCACCUCCUCGGCUGCCGUGGGCACUGAGCUCAGUGUGCAGGGACAGCCCAUCUCUGGUGGCUUUGGUGGCUUUGGCUAUGGCCUUGGCUAUGGCCGUGGAUUUGGCUACGGGCUGGGAGGCCUGGGCUGCUAUGGCAGAAGGGGAGGUUACAUCUGCUAAGGACUGGUUCACCACCUUGGGGUUCCUGCAAAAAACUCCUGCCAGCAAAGUAGGGCUGAUCGUUGCUGUACUUGCAACUUGCACCAGAUGCCUUCCAUCUUUUUCUCCUCCUUCUUCAGUCUUUUCCCUCAAUAAAGUUUUCCUGCAUUCAA